CGACGGUCCCUAUAAAUGGCGCCUCACUGUUCCCAGGGCUCAACUUCCGAUUCCGGUGAGGAGCGAGCGAGCGCGAGCGCGAGAAAACCUGGCCGUCUUGUAAUGGCAAUAGCGGCGUCUGCCUUUGUUUACGGGCAGCUUCUUUCUCGGACAGCAUUUCUGUUGAGGUCUACAGUUCGAAGUCUGAGUGCACAAAACACUUCACCAGUUCACGGGCUGCUUCCAAAAACAUCCUUGACAUCACCUCCAUGGCCUGAAAUCAAGCUACCAGAUCCUGCAGAAGAGGCAGAACAUCACAGAGAGCUUGUACAGAAUGUGAAUGAGUUAAUUGCCACUGGGCAAUAUGGAAGACUGUUUGCAGUUGUUCACUUUGCCAGCAGACAGUGGAAAAUAACCAGUGAAGACUUGAUUUUAAUUGAAAACCACUUACCUGCUGAAUGUGGAGACAGAAUCAGAAUGGAAAAGGUACUGUUGGUGGGGGCUGAUAACUUCACACUGCUGGGAAAGCCUCUCCUGGGAAAGGACCUAGUCCGUGUGGAGGCCACUAUUAUAGAGAAGACUGAGUCUUGGCCAAGAGUUAAUGUGAAGUUCCGUCGAAGGAAGAGUUAUGAGACGAGAAAAAUUGUCAUUCAGCCGCAAACUGUUCUCCGGAUAAAUUCCAUUGAAAUUGCUCCUGUUCUGUCAUGAUGGAUUGUAAUAUCUCGGGAACAUUAAGGAAAUAGAAAAUGUUUCUCAUUGAAGCUGGUUUGCACAUUAUGUUGCCAAUCAAAGGUACAGAAACAGCUGUCACUGGAGCCUUUUAGAUGCUAACACUGCUGUAAGAGAUGCUAUAGAAAUUGAAUAAACAAACAAACAAAAUAAACUUCCUCAGAGACAUAUAAAGAGUUAUACAUAUGCAGAGAGAAUCAUAACUCUAGAACUCUGAAAAAUAUCUGUGAAUCUGUUUCAGUCUUAGAAUAACUGGACAAUAGUAGAAUUGGAUUUGCACCUUCUGCUUUUGUAAAUCUCUGAAAUGAGUAUUACAAUGUAGCAAACACUGUUUUGACAAACAUUUGAGGCUUGACACCACAAUGAUAAAUAUGCUCUAUUCAUACUUUUUGUUCCCACAACAGUUUUGAGGAUAUCUUUAAAAGACUUGGUUUAUUUUUAAUUUAUUUUUCUAGGAUAUCAUGGGUCCAUACUAACUGCAAACAAAAAAUGCAUUUCAAUAAUCUGGGUUCUGAUAGCCUGCAAAUGUCAUUGAGUUGCAGGUGGAGUGUGAGUUGCAAUCCUG